AUGGAUAAAAAUAAACAGAGAGGCCCUCCUCCAAAGAGGUUUAAGUCGGGUGACGAUGAUGAAGACAAUGAAGUACCGUGCAGUUUUGAAGAACAAUUAGCCACUAUGGACAGUGGCGAAUUUGAUUCACAAGAAGUAUUCGGUGACGGUCCAGAAAAUCAAUCUACAAAUAUGAAAUGGUCAAGGCCUCCACCACCCUUAACAGAUCCAAAAAAAGAUAAGUUGGUAUUCCAACAGCUAGAUAUAGAUCAUUAUAAUGGUACACCAAUAAAAGGAAUGCCUGGAUCACAACUUGCCCCUGUCCCCAUAAUGAGGAUGUAUGGCGUUACUAUGGAAGGCAAUUCUGUAUGUUGCCAUGUUCAUGGAUUCACUCCAUAUUUUUAUGUAACAGUACCUAUCAAUUUUACAGAAUCAACAUGUAAUGACUUGAAAACAAACCUAAAUAAAGCUAUAUUAGAGGAUAUGCGCGGUAACAAAGAUAAUCUUAAAGAAACUGUGUUAGAGGUGCGUUUGGUUAAAGCAAAAUCUAUGAUGUAUUAUAAAGGUGAGAAUGAUAUUACUUUUGCUAGAGUAUCAGUUGCUUUGCCUAAACUCAUUGCUGCUGCAAAAAGAUUGAUGGAAAGGCAACCAACUUCAUUUGCACUAAUGGAUCCAAUGUUUUAUGAAACUAACAUUGAUUUUGAUAUCCGAUUCAUGGUAGACACUUUUGUAGUUGGUUGUAGUUGGAUUGAGCUCCCAGCUGGAAAAUGGUUUCUAAGAUCAAAGGAUUCACAAACUAGAAUUGAAUCUAGGUGUCAAAUAGAAGUAGAUGUGGCCUGGAAUGCAUUUGUAGCACACCAACCUGAAGGAGAGUGGUCCAAAGUUGCACCAAUAAGAAUUCUGAGUUUUGAUAUCGAGUGUGCUGGCAGAAAAGGUAUUUUUCCUGAACCUCAACAUGAUCCGGUCAUCCAAAUUGCAUCUAUGGUUAUCAGGCAAGGGGAAUUAGAACCAUAUGUUAGAAAUGUAUUUACAUUAAAAAGCUGUGCCCCCAUAGUGGGAUCACAGGUUCUUAGUUUUGAAUCAGAAUCUGAGAUGCUUGCUAAAUGGUCUGAUUUCUUCCGUGAACUUGACCCUGAUAUAAUAACUGGGUACAACAUAAACAAUUUUGACUGGCCAUAUUUAAUAAACCGAGCUAAACAUUUAAAAGUAGAGAACUUUGACUUUUUGGGUCGUAUCAAGAAUAUUAGGUCUGUUAUAAAAGACUCUGUACUGCAGUCAAAGCAAAUGGGUCGUAGAGAAAAUAAAAGUAUCAAUUUCGAAGGAAGAGUGCCAUUUGAUCUUUUAUUAGUUCUUGUACGUGAUUAUAAACUUCGGUCAUAUACUCUGAAUGCUGUCAGUUACCAUUUCCUUCAAGAGCAAAAAGAGGAUGUACAUCAUAGCAUUAUAUCAGACCUUCAGAAUGAAAAUGAACAAACCAGGAGAAGGCUGGCUAUGUACUGCUUGAAAGAUGCUUAUCUACCACUUAAACUUUUAAAUAAGUUGAUGUGUAUUAUAAAUUACAUGGAAAUGGCUAGGGUGACAGGUGUACCACUGUUAAGCUUACUCACUAGAGGUCAACAAAUAAAAGUUGUUAGUCAGUUGCUGAGAAAGGCUAAAGAUAUUGGAUAUUUGAUGCCAGCUUAUCACAGCCAAGGAUCAGAUGAACAAUUUGAAGGAGCUACUGUAAUUGAACCUAAACGAGGAUAUUAUGCAGAUCCAAUCUCAACUUUGGAUUUUGCAUCCCUGUAUCCUAGUAUAAUGAUGGCUCAUAACUUAUGUUAUACUACCUUAAUCCCACCAAAUAUGCAGAGUAAAGUUAAUUUAAGCAAUGACGAUUAUACAAUAACACCUUCUAAAAACAUGUUUGUAAAAGCUCAUGUUAGGAAAGGGUUACUGCCUGAAAUCUUAGAAUCCCUACUUGCUGCAAGAAAAAAAGCUAAAGCAGAAUUAAAAGAAGAGAAAGAUCCAUUUAAAAGAUCUGUGUUGGAUGGAAGGCAACUCGCUUUGAAAAUCAGUGCUAAUUCAGUAUAUGGUUUUACAGGAGCACAAGUUGGGAAACUGCCUUGUUUAGAAAUCUCUGGCAGUGUUACUGCAUAUGGAAGAACUAUGAUAGAAUUUACAAAAACUGAAGUUGAAAAAAAAUACACAAAAGCAAAUGGUUACAAAGAAGAUGCUAUAGUAAUAUAUGGAGAUACUGACUCUGUUAUGGUUAAGUUUGGUGUUAAAACUCUUGAGGAAAGUAUGGAGUUGGGCAGAGAAGCUGCUGAUUUUGUCACUACAAAGUUUGUUAAACCUAUAAAAUUGGAAUUUGAAAAAGUAUACUACCCAUACUUACUUAUUAACAAGAAACGAUAUGCUGGACUAUAUUUUACAAAACCAGAUAAAUAUGAUAAGAUGGACUGCAAAGGUAUUGAAACAGUUAGAAGAGACAAUUGCCCACUUGUGUCUAACAUGAUGAGUACUUGUCUUCAAAAGCUACUUAUAGACAGAGAUCCAGAUGGUGCCGUCAAUUAUGCAAAGCAAGUGAUUGCAGAUUUAUUGUGCAACAGGAUAGAUAUAUCGCAACUAGUUAUUACUAAGGAGUUAACAAAAAAUGAUUAUGCUGCUAAACAGGCCCAUGUGGAAUUAGCUAACAAAAUGAAAAAACGAGAUGCUGGAACAGCACCUAAACUUGGUGAUAGAGUUCCAUAUGUUAUAUGUUGUGCAACUAAAAACACACCUGCUUAUAUGAAAGCUGAAGAUCCUAUAUAUGUCUUGGAAAACAGUGUUCCAAUUGAUUUCAAUCAUUACAUGGAAAAUCAACUGUCUAAACCUCUUUUAAGAAUUUUUGAACCAAUAUUGGGAGACAAAGCUGAAUCUUUACUAUUAAAAGGUGAGCAUACUAGGACAAAAGCCAUGGUUACUUCAAAAGUGGGUGCUUUAGCUGCUUUUACAAAGAAAAAAGAGAAAUGUAUAGGCUGUAAAACUGUUAUGCCUAAUGAUGCUGUAAAAGCUGUAUGCCAUCAUUGCUUACAUAAGGAAAAACAGAUAUAUAUUACUGAAGUAUUUAAAUUGAGACAUCUUCAGGAAAAGUUUUCGAGACUUUGGACUGAAUGUCAAAGAUGUCAGGGCAGUCUGCAUGAGGAAGUUAUUUGUACUAACAGAGACUGUACGAUAUUUUACAUGAGAAAGAAAAUGGGAAUUGAAUUAGAUACACAAGAAAAAACAGUCCUGCGGUUUGGUGAACCUUCAUGGUAA